UCUCCGGAUGUUGGGCUUGCUUUAUUUGCCAGUAUAUCUGGCAGGUCAGCAUGAUUUGGUGUAGUGACACAAGAUGUUGUAAGUCCAGCAUUGUGAUUCGACAUCUUUUUUGAGAUCAAGCUCCAUUGUGUCCCUUGCCAAGACAGCUUGAAUUCUGAUAUCCGACGGCACUGUAACAUUGAGCUAUAUUCGUACUGUAUACACGCGGCUAUGCGUGCAGAGGACGACUACAACGCUCUGCUACUGCGGUCAAACAUUACAUAUAGCCACACCUCGCCUACCAUAUGGCUCUCUCUACGCAACUCGACUCAUUUGUCUCAAUACAUCAUCAUCUAUCCUCGAUUGAACAUACUCAUAAUGGCGUUCAAGACAAGCUCAAUUCUCUUCGUCACCUUCAGCAUCGCUGCCCAGCACGGCGCCUAUGCUACUCCUGAAGUAUCUACCAUGACUAUGUACGAUGGUGGUUCGGUUACCGGAACAACCAUCUUGACCACUCCUGCCUCGACUGCAAGCUCAAUCUCGGACACGACCUCAGACACGACCACUUCUUCCCAGUCGCUUUCAGCCCCCUUCACCGUCCAAUUCACGACCAUGAGCUCCAGCUCCAUCAUGUCCAUGUACACAAGCGCCAGCUCCAGCGUCAUGAACGACAUGAUGUCCUCGAUGAAUUCUGCAAUGUCUUCGGCAAUGGACAGAUGCAACAAUUACCUGACAUAUGCCAACUACUAUGUCAGUGUCAACGAGGGAUCAAUUACUGUCAGUGGAACUGCUACUGACACUGAAGCCUCGGCUUCUGCUUCUACUACGACCAAGACUAUGAAGACUAGCGACAAGACGAGCAAGACUAGUGGCAAGACGUCCGGUACUGGUUUCAAGACGAGCAACACUUCUUCCAAGACCACGCUGAAGAGUACUGCGAAGACUAGCAAGACUAGUUCUGGGAAGACGAGCAAGACUGAGUCGGCUACUACAGCUGCUGCUACUACUACUACUACUACUACUUAGUGUCUGUGACGACACGGACAGAGACAGCAGG